AUGAGUUGUCACAUAUGCUCUCGUUCUCCUGAUCCGCGGCUGCCGUUUUAUUGCCCAACAUGUGCCCGCACUGAGCUCUACCAACUACGAAUUGAAAAUGCCAGGGUGCUAUUAGAGAAGGAAAGUGCAGGGCAACAAAUCGGGAAUGCAGCGGCCUAUGGGCAUAUCCAAGCAGCACACUUCAAACCAAGCAGUGUGCCAUUGGGCCAAAAAGAACAAAAUGAUGAUGAUGCAACUACUAGACGUCGCUGGGCUAUCCAAACUUUUACCAGCAGACAAGCGGAAUCGUCCGCAAAGACAAGAGUGAUGGCUGACAAGAUUAAGAUCUUGAGGUCUAAGAUUAAGGACAAGCGCCUCGAAAUAUCCCAGCGGAAAUUAACUCUCGCACGACGAUAUUCUGACGCCGAAUCUGCGAGAUAUCAACUUGCAGAGCGGGAGACUGCAUUGUUGACUGGGAUUCAGAACAACAUCAAAAGGACGGAUCACCUUUGGCACUCAUUGCAUAACAAAACGGCCGAGUCUCGAAUAUUCCUCUGUCGGGAGGCUGCCAAUAUCUACGGCUUGCGGCAAAAAAUCAGGAAAAAAGACGAUGAACUAAAAGAGACCUUCCUAAUCGGAGAUGUGCCUGUCCUAGAUUUGAGAGAUAUGAAUGGAAAGUCAUAUUUACUUUUGUCCUGUUAUUGCAGAAUACUAAUUUUGAAUAUAGGCUCUACACCAACUCAAAUAUCCACCUCUUUGUCCAACAUUGCCUACCUCCUCGUACUGAUAUCACACUAUUUGUCCCUGAGGCUUCCUGCGGAAAUAACACUACCUCAUAGAAACUACCCUACACCUACCAUAUAUGCACCUUCUGGGUCUUACCUCUCACGGGAAUUCGAAUUGAGAGCUUCUCCUUUCCAGUCGUUGUCCUCAAGUCCAAGUGCAUCUCGGGCAGGAGACUCACGCUCUUAUUUUCCUCGGCCGCGGCCUCUUUGCAUAGAUAAAAAUCUUCCUAAGCUGGCCAGGGAGGAUUCUGGAACAUAUGCUCUCUUUCUAGAAGGGGUUACGCUGUUAGCUUGGAACGUUUCUUGGCUAUGCCGAACCCAAGGAUUGAAUCUGGCAUCAGAUUCAUGGGAAGAAGUUUGUGACAUCGGGAAGAAUAUGUGGCAAUUACUAGUCGCUCCUCCCGCACAAGCCUCGACUUUCAUGAAAGCUUUUGCUGGCCGUGAUAUACAGUCAAAAAUAAAGGCUGCCAAAGAUCCCCCUAAAACCAUCAUCCAACGAACAAAAUCAUUUCCCAUGUUAGGGCACUAUUCACAUGGCACUGUUCAUUCAUUCCUGGGAGCUUCGGAAGGUACAGACUUCAUGCGAACGUGGAGACUGCCAACACCAACCAAGAUCGUUGACAAGCUUAAAUCAACAUUAUUGGGGGAAAUGGCAAGUGCCGAAUGGGAGUUAUUGGAGAAAAGGGAGUGGGAUGAUGAAAGUCAGGAACCGCCUCCAUCUCCUAUUCGAGAAACAUCCGAACUCGGACCGAAUAAUAAUAAUUCCAACCAUACAACGAUUACGAAAACAAGAGCGCCGGAACGUGAUACUAGUCUCGGUCCGGAGGCUUUAAAUGAGCGUACCAGUACUAGCCGACUGAAGGGAACCAGUGGUUGGACUAAGUUGAGAAGCAGAUAG